AUGUCUCCUGAGAUGACUGGAUGGAAAAUCAAAUCCACAUGUGACAGGUCGACCCAAGCGGGUGAUGUUGUUGGCACAAGGACUGGGGUAGACCUCUCUCCAGACAUCAUCCAGACAGACUACGAAGCAGCUGUCAUCAGUGCCAUCAGCGAUGUCUUCCCAGCAAGUUCCGUCAGAGGAUGCUUUUUCCACUACGCCCAGGCUCUGUGGAGACAAGUUAUGGACAGAGGCCUGGCCCGAGACUACACCGACAACCCAGCAGUGCAGACCCACAUCAGAAGAACUGCAGCGUUGCCGCUUCUACCCCUAGCUGAAGUCCAUGAUGCCUGGAUUGAAGUGAUGGAGCAAGGUCCAUAUGGGCAGCAGAUCAGAUGGGUUCAACGACUACGUCACCAGCACUUUGUCAAAGAACUCAAGAAGAUCGAGACAGCAGAUAGACGGCCAAGAAGGCAGAUUGGACAGGGUGGUGCAAUGAGACCUCGUGCUCGUGUUGACAGAGACCGAGAUGCAAGGAUCGAGAGACUGAAGCAGCAGCUUGCUGUUGGCAGAAGAUCAGUGAUCCAGUUUCUGGAUGCAGUUGGACAUUUCAUCAAAUUACAGUAA